AUGACGUCCUCGGAACGCAGUCCGGUUCAGCGCCAGCCGAUGAGAGGGCUGGCCAUCCUUGCGCUGAUCGGAGCUGCGAGUACAGCUUUCGUGGGUGGCGGGGCGCUGCGGCGCGUGCGCCCCGACCCUCAGGAUCGGGUGGCACUCUUAGCCACCUCGGUAGCCCAGCCGCCGACGACCACGGAGACGGAAGUCGACCACAGGAAGUCGCCUUUCGCGCAAUGCCUGGUCGAGUACAAGAAGCCUGACGGCUCCUUGAACGGAGAGAGCUACGUCUUCCACAUGGAUGCGGCCUUUGAAGACUCGAAGAGGGCAGAGAAGAAACCCAGCUUCUCCCGGCUGCUGCAGAAGAGCUCUCACAUCUGGGGCCGCGCCACGACCGUCAGGUGCCUGCCUUUGAACUCGCUCUCGGGCAUUGGCGGGCCUUGCAUGGAGUGUGUGCGGCUUUUUGUGGGCGGCACCUAUGGAGGGGGCGUGAUCGUUCCUGCGAUGGACUACUCCCAGAUCAACAAGACGCAGUGGCAGCCGGAUGAGUGCCUUCGUCUUCGUGUUUUUGGCCAGCCACCGGUGGGGGAUGAUAUCGCCUACACCGAGACAGGUGGAGGCAGCAUGCCUGGCCAUGAGCAGCGUAUGACCACCUUCUGCCGUGUGGCAAGCUUCCCCGGCCUUGGCUGA